CAAGACAGAAGACUAGAAGAGCUGUGUUGCUUUGGCUUAUUAUUUGAAGGGGGGUUUUAUUAUGAUAUCAAAUGAAUAAUGAUGGUAGGAUCCUACAGUGAUCCACUUCAUGCUGUCUGGGAUGGUCAUUGAUGUUGGUGCCAUGUGGGAUGAUACGACACCGUUUUGCAAAAUAUUCUUCAGAUAGAUGCGUGGGCUAUCCGAACUUUCAGAGUAUGUUUUGAAAAGAAAAGGGAGUUUUGCUUUCAGUUUCUGUUCUCCCUUUUGGGAUAUUUUCGAAUUUUCACUACUCAUGCUUUCAUUUGUUGCUCAGAGUAUCAGUGUUUUAUGAUUCUUAUCGGAGUGUUUUUUUGUUUUUGUUUUUCUGUUUUCGAAAACGGAGAAAUCAAAUCUAGUGACGGAGCACAUGGUUUUGAACUGAUACUCGACUCAGAGGAGAGUCUAAUGAUAUGAAUCUGAGACAUCGUCCAAUUCCCACGCGCACCCGAAGUCGCGUCGGAGCCUACGCGCCGUCACAGCCUGUAUCUGCUGAGGUUUACAACAUCAUCCCCAUCCAUGACGUCCUUACUGAUCACCCAUCCCUCAGUUGCCCGGAGGUACGCGCCGCCGCGGAGGCCUUACGCACCGCCGAAGACCUCCGGAAACCGUCGUUCGUGACGUGGUACAACCACAUGGACAUCCUGGACUGGCUUGGGAUGUUCUUUGGGUUCCAAAACGACAACGUUCGGAACCAGAGAGAGCACCUGGUUCUUCACCUCGCUAACUCCCAAAUGCGCCUCUCUCCGCCGCCGAAGACCGUCGGCUCCCUCGACCCGACCGUGCUCCGGGACUUCCGCAGCAAGCUCCUCAAGAAUUACACCUCGUGGUGCUCGUAUCUUGGCCGGAAAUCGCAGUUAUGGCUGUCCAAUCGCCGCGACGCGCUUCGUCGCGAGUUGUUGUACGUUUCGCUUUAUCUUCUGAUAUGGGGUGAGUCUGCUAAUCUCCGUUUCUGUCCUGAAUGCAUAUGCUAUAUAUUUCACCAUAUGGCUUUGGAGCUGAAUCAAAUUCUUGAGAACUACAUUGAUGAUAACACUGGUAGGCCUUUUGAACCCAGUUAUGGUGCAAAUGGGUUUUUGAUCCGUGUGGUUACCCCCAUUUACAAUAUCAUUAAGUUCGAGGUGGAUAGUAGUCAGAAUGGCACGAAGCCACACUCGGCAUGGAGGAAUUAUGAUGACAUAAAUGAGUUCUUUUGGAGUAGAAAGUGCUUUCGCAGGCUUGGGUGGCCUAUGAAUCGAGGCCCAAAAUUUUUUGAAACCGAUAAGACUAAGAAAGUGGGGAAGACGGGUUUUGUAGAGCAAAGGUCAUUUUGGAAUGUGUUUCGGAGCUUUGAUCGGUUAUGGGUAUUGUUAAUUUUGUCUUUGCAGGCUUUUGUUAUUGUUGCUUGGCAGGGGACGGAGUAUCCAUGGAAAGCAUUGAAGAACCGGGGUGUGCAGGUGAAACUGUUGACUGUUUUUAUCACAUGGGGUGCUCUUCGUUUUCUCCAAUCUGUGCUUGAUGCUGGUACUCAGUAUAGUUUGGUUUCGAGAGAGACAAGGUCAUUAGGGGUGAGGAUGGUGCUAAAGAGUGUGGUUGCCAUAACAUGGACUGUUGUCUUCAGUGUUUUCUAUGGGAGGAUUUGGAGUCAGAAGAACUCAGAUGGGAUGUGGUCAGACGCCGCAAAUAGGAGGAUUAUUACUUUUCUCGAGGCUGCCUUUGUGUUUAUCAUCCCUGAAUUGCUGGCAUUGACUCUUUUUAUGAUUCCAUGGGUACGAAUCUGUCUCGAGGAAACGAAUUGGAAGGUUUUGUACUGUUUGACCUGGUGGUUUCAUACCAGAACCUUUGUGGGUCGUGGCCUAAGGGAAGGACCGGUUACUAACAUGAAGUACUCACUGUUUUGGAUUGCAGUAUUGGCUUCAAAAUUCUCAUUCAGUUACUUUCUUCAAAUCAAGCCCCUGAUAGCACCAACAAAAAUUCUCUUGUCUAGCACGGUUUUAACAUACACUUGGCAUGAGUUUUUUGGUAAAGCCAAUAGGACAGCAAUUGUGGUGUUGUGGGUUCCUGUUCUUUUGAUCUACCUCAUGGAUUUGCAAAUUUGGUAUGCAAUAUUCUCCUCCCUUGUUGGUGGAGCAAAUGGAUUGUUCUCACAUCUUGGUGAGAUUCGGAAUAUUGAACAAUUGAGGCUUAGGUUUCAGUUCUUUGCCAGUGCAAUGCAGUUCAAUCUCAUGCCUGAGGAGCAAACGGAAAAUACAAAGUUGUCACUAGUGAAGAAGCUCCGAGAUGUAAUCCACAGAUUCAAGCUUCGAUAUGGACUUGGCCAAGUAUACAAGAAGAUAGAGUCAAGCGAAGUGGAAGCAACCAGGUUUGCCUUGAUAUGGAAUGAGAUAAUUUUGACUUUCAGAGAAGAAGAUCUCAUCAGUGAUGCAGAACAUGAGCUUUUGGAACUACACCAAAAUUGUUGGAAUAUUAGGGUUAUUCGCUGGCCGUGUGUCCUCCUGUGCAAUGAGCUGCUGCUCGCUCUCAGUCAAGCAGCAGAGGUCACGGAUAAAUCUGAUAGCUGGCUUUGGUCUAAGAUAUGCAAGAAUGAGUAUAGGCGGUGUGCUGUAAUUGAAGCUUAUGAUAGCAUCAGGUACUUGCUUCUUUUCGUUGUUAAAUAUGGCUCAGAAGAGAAUUCAAUUGUUGCAAAUUUCUUCCAAGAGAUAGAAAGGUGCAUUGAGAAUGGGAAGUUCAUUGAGAGGUAUAAGAUGACUUUACUACCACAAAUCCAUGCCAGGUUGAUAUCUCUAAUUAAGCUUUUGUUGGGACCUAAGAAAGAUCAUAGUAAGGUGGUGAAUGUGUUGCAGGCCUUGUAUGAACUCUGUGUUCGAGAAUUUCCAAAGGUGAAGAGGUCCAUAGUGCAGUUGAGGCAGGAAGGUUUGGCACCACUUAGUCCAGCAGCAGAUGCAGGGUUGCUCUUUGAGAAUGCUGUCGAAUUCCCUGAUGCUGAGGAUGCUAGGCAUUUACGGCGUUUGCAGACGAUUCUUACUUCAAGAGAUUCAAUGCAUAAUGUCCCAACAAAUCUUGAGGCAAGACGGCGUAUAGCUUUCUUCAGCAAUUCCCUCUUUAUGAACAUGCCCCAUGCUCCCCGUGUUGAGAAAAUGGUGCCUUUCAGCAUUCUGACCCCUUACUAUAAUGAAGAAGUAAUGUAUGGCCAAGGAACACUUCGGAAUGAGAAUGAAGAUGGCAUUUCCACUUUGUUUUAUCUGCAGAAAAUAUAUGCUGAUGAAUGGGCGAAUUUUAUGGAGCGGAUGCGUAGGGAUGGCAUGGAGGAUGACAAUGAAAUAUGGUCAACGAAGGCAAGGGACCUCCGCCUUUGGGCCUCAUACAGAGGCCAGACACUAUCUCGCACUGUAAGGGGAAUGAUGUACUAUUAUAGGGCUCUCAAGAUGCUUACUUUUCUUGAUUCUGCAUCUGAGAUGGACAUAAGAAAUGGAUCACAACAACUUGCUUCUCAUGGUUCUUUAAGCAGUGGUUUAGAUGGUCCACGCUUGGGUAAGGCACCACCUGCUAAGAAAUUGGACAGGGGAGCUGGGGGUGUGAAUCUUUUGUUUAAAGGGCAUGAGUAUGGCAGUGCUCUGAUGAAGUUCACAUAUGUGGUUGCCUGCCAGAUUUAUGGAUCACAGAAGAUGAAAGGAGAUCCUCGUGCUGAGGAGAUCUUGUUUCUGAUGAAAAACAAUGAGGCUCUUCGAGUUGCCUAUGUUGAUGAGGUUCCUUCAGGGAGAGAGGAGGUGGAAUAUUAUUCUGUCCUUGUGAAGUAUGACGAUGAGCUGCAGAAGGAGGUGGAGAUUUACAGGAUCAGAUUGCCUGGUCCUUUGAAGAUUGGAGAGGGCAAACCAGAAAAUCAGAAUCAUGCCAUUAUCUUUACCCGUGGUGAUGCACUUCAGACCAUUGACAUGAACCAAGACAAUUAUUAUGAGGAGGCACUAAAGAUGCGAAAUCUAUUGGAAGAAUUCAAGACAUAUUAUGGUAUCAGGAAGCCAACCAUAUUAGGAGUCCGUGAAAAUGUCAUUACAGGGUCUGUUUCCUCACUUGCUUGGUUCAUGUCUGCCCAAGAGAUGAGUUUUGUGACGUUAGGGCAGCGUGUUCUCGCAAAUCCUUUGAAAGUUCGAAUGCACUAUGGUCAUCCAGAUGUUUUUGAUAGGUUCUGGUUCUUGACUCGAGGUGGAAUCAGCAAGGCUUCCAGAGUAAUUAAUAUUAGUGAGGAUAUAUUUGCUGGAUUCAAUUGCACUUUGCGAGGUGGCAAUGUGACACACCAUGAAUACAUCCAGGUAGGUAAGGGAAGAGAUGUCGGAUUGAACCAGAUCUCCAUGUUCGAGGCCAAGGUUGCGAGUGGCAAUGGUGAACAGGUUUUGAGUAGAGAUGUCUAUAGAUUGGGCCAUAGAUUGGACUUCUUCCGGAUGCUUUCAUUCUUCUAUUCGACUGUGGGAUUUUACUUCAACACAAUGGUGGUGGUACUUACUGUUUAUACAUUUUUGUGGGGCCGCCUUUAUCUUGCGCUCAGUGGCGUUGAGGGGUCAACCACAAACAGUUCGACCAAUAAUAGGGCACUUGGUGCAGUCUUGAAUCAGCAGUUCAUUAUUCAACUUGGACUGUUCUCUGCCCUUCCAAUGGUUGUGGAGAACACUCUGGAGCAUGGAUUCCUUAGCGCAGUUUAUGAUUUUCUGACAAUGCAGUUGCAACUUGCAUCAAUAUUUUACACAUUCUCUAUGGGAACUCGCACCCAUUUCUUUGGCCGGACCAUUCUUCAUGGGGGUGCGAAGUACCGAGCAACAGGGCGUGGUUUUGUUGUGGAGCAUAAGAGUUUUGCUGAGAAUUAUAGACUCUAUGCUCGCAGCCAUUUUGUAAAGGCCGUUGAGCUUGGGGUGAUUCUCAUUGUGUAUGCUUCCCAAAGUCCCAUGGCUAAGAAUACUUUGGUUUACAUACUCAUGGCAAUCACAAGUUGGUUCCUUGUAGUAUCAUGGAUAAUGGCCCCAUUUGUGUUCAAUCCUUCUGGCUUUGAUUGGUUGAAGACUGUCUAUGACUUCGAUGAUUUCAUGAAUUGGAUAUGGUGCAGUGGUGGAAUAUUGGCAAAAGCUGAACAGAGCUGGGAAACGUGGUGGUAUGAGGAACAUGAUCAUCUGAGAACAACUGGCCUUUGGGGAAAGUUGUUGGAGAUGAUCUUAGAUAUUCGAUUCUUCUUUUUCCAGUACGGCGUUGUUUACAGGCUCAAGAUUACUAGUGGAAACACCAGUAUUGCUGUUUACUUGUUAUCAUGGAUCUAUAUGAUCGUGGCUGUUGGAAUUUGCAUCAUCAUAGCAUAUGCCCGGGAUAAAUAUUCUGCAACACAGCACAUCUAUUAUCGGCUGGUUCAGCUUCUUGUCAUUGUGGUUAUAGUACUUGUGAUAGUUUUAUUCCUAAAAUUCACCAAUUUGAUAUUUCUUGAUCUUAUCACAAGCCUGUUGGCAUUCAUCCCCACAGGAUGGGGCCUUAUAUCUAUUGCCGUGGUACUCCGGCCUUUUCUGCAGUCCACUGUGGUAUGGGACACUGUGGUUUCCUUGGCGCGGCUAUAUGAUUUGCUGUUUGGAAUAAUUAUUCUGGCUCCUGUGGCAUUGCUGUCAUGGAUGCCCGGAUUCCAGUCCAUGCAGACAAGAAUCCUAUUCAAUGAAGCAUUCAGCAGGGGGCUCCAGAUUUCUCGAAUUCUAACCGGCAAGAAAAAUAUUGACAUGUGAUUCAAGAAUAGUUCCUGCUAGAGCAUGGGCAAUAAAAGCUUAACCAGUGGGAAUAUGCUGAGGAAGUUAGAUAGACUGGCGUUUAUUUCUGCUGAUGGAGGGGUGGUUUUAGGUAUUAUGCUGCUGCAACUGGCAAGUCAAGGGAAGAAAGAUUCGGACUAACUUCAUUGUCCCAUUACUCUUUCAGGGUGAUUGGGUUUCAUUUUUCCUAUUCAUAUUUGCAAUAUUGUCUUUGCUCAGCAUAAUUAAGUGAUCAGUGGGGGAAUUUUUGGUUUUGUACAUGCUGUCCAUAUCUAGUUCAGCUCUUGGCUAGCUUAUUUAUUGACUAUAUUUCCAUUAAUCUUCCUUAAUCAGCAGGUUGCUCCAA